UGUAACAUAGAAACAAUCUUAUCAUACCUAUCAUCUUUGAUCUUUCCCUAUCAUCAUCACAUAUAAUUACAGGCAUUGUCAAUUACAAUUCACUUGUGGCUUGAGUUAGUUCGCAACCGUAGCGAUGAAGUGGUGGACGUGUGUGGUGUUCGCGUGCGCGGCCGUGCUGGCUGACGACGAGUGGCGCGAGGUGAGGACUGCGCAAGGGCCGGUGCGCGGGCGCAAGCACCCCACUGCAGACAUGUACGCCUUCUACAACAUACCCUACGCCACCGCGCCCACGGGCGAGGACAAGUUCAAGGCACCACUGCCUCCACCGGUGUGGCUGCAGCCUUUUGACGCAGUCGACGAGCAUGUUAUAUGUCCACAGCCAAUAUCUACGAACGAGUACAUGCCUAAACAAUUAGCAAUCAAAGAAAAUUGUCUUAUUGCUAAUGUAUUUGUGCCUAACACAAAAGAAAAGAACCUUUCAGUGGUAGUUUAUGUCCAUGGCGGAGCUUUUAUAGUAGGCUACGGUGAGAUUUUUAAAUCGACCCAGUUCAUGAAGACAAACGAUUUUAUCUGGGUCUCUUUUAACUACCGCCUUGGAAUUCACGGGUUCCUAUGUCUGGGCACUGAGGACGCGCCAGGCAAUGCUGGCAUGAAGGACCAGGUGGCGCUGCUGCGCUGGGUGCAGAAGAACAUCGCCAGCUUCGGCGGUAACCCUGAUGAUGUUACUAUUGUAGGUAGCAGCGCUGGGUCUGCUUCAGUAGAUCUGUUAAUGCUUUCAAAAUCAGCCGAAGGGUUAUUUCACCGAGUAAUACCCGAAAGUGGUGGAAAUCUUGCCGCAUUUGCAGUACAGCGGGAUCCCGUAGAGAUUGCUAAAACGCAUGCUAAAAAGAUAAACUUCAAUAACGUAGAUGACAUUUAUGCAUUAGAAAAGUUCUACAAGACAGCUCCAAUGGAACUGUUAACCUCGGAUAAUUUCUUUGAUAGAACUGAUGCCACAUUCGUAUUUGGGCCGUGUGUGGAACGCGAUACAGGAGACGGAGCAUUUCUGACAGAAUCUCCUCUAACUAUAUUCAAGAGUGGCAACUAUAGGAAAUUGCCUGUGUUGUAUGGAUUCGCAGAUAUGGAAGGAUCACGUGUUGACAUGUUUGAACUUUGGAAGGACAAGAUGAACGAAAAGUUUUCUGAUUUCUUGCCAGCUGACUUGAAAUUUGAUUCUGAAGAAGAAAGAGAAGAAGUGGCAAAUAAGGUUAAGAAGUUUUACUUUGGCGACAAGCCAGUAGGCAAUGACAAUAUUUUGAAAUACAUUGAUUACUUUUCGGAUGUCUUUUUUACUUAUCCCAUGCUUAGGGCUGUGAAGCUGCACGCGGAGGCUGGCAACAAUCAAGUAUAUUUGUACGAAUAUUCCUUUGUGGACGAAGAUUCUCCUUUUGUACCUCACACCAAUGUAAGAGGAGCCCCCCACUGUGCUCAAUCAAUGGCUGUGUAUGACAUGGCAAAUCUAACGCACUUGGAUGAGUCUGUCGCGUCACCAGCGCUUAAGAAUAUGAAAAAAAUUGUUCGUGAAAUUUGGCACAAUUUCGUUAAAACUGGUACCCCUGUCCCCUCAGGCUCAUGGCUGCCGGCGUGGCCGGCGGCGGGCGCGGACCGGGCGCCGCACAUGUCGCUGGGCGAGCGGCUGGAGCUGCGCGGCGCGCUGCUGGCGGAGCGCACGCGCUUCUGGGAUGACAUCUACCAGAGAUACUACCGGGACGCGGUGCCGCCGCCGAAACCCCCGCCCAGACCACGCAACGAGUUGUAGAAAAAAAGAGAUCGUAUUAAAAGUACUGAUAAAAAUAAAUUAAAAAUAAUAAUCAAAUAAUUAAAAGUAUUAAAAGUGAAAUUUGAAGAGCGCGUUUGUCACGUAUUAAUUUGAUUAGUACUCGAUGAUCUAAGUUUUUUGCGUCUCAGCUUUAAUAGUUUAUUAGGAACUGUUGGCAUGGGUAGGUAUUGAUUACUGUUUCUUAUUAUUCAUAAAUAAAAAGUUCAGCAGUGUUUAUUAAUAAAACAUAUACCUACUUUUAUAUAAAA